AUGCCCAGAGGGAGGAGGACGAGGGUUCUCCACAGAAGGCCCUCCCCACCAAGCGCCUUCAGGGAGCACUUCUCCUACCUCUGCUUUGACCAGGAGCAAUUCCUGAGGCAUCUGCAAUUCACCAUAGAGGUAGCUACGGAACUGCACCACUUCCUUCAACAUGACCUGCAACCUCAUAGCACUGCUAGUUGCCUUCAAGGUCACUAUAACUUGAAACCUCUACGCAACUGGAUAAUUCCAGCUCCAGAGAAGAAGCUUCCUCCACCAAAAGAAGACAAAAAGGAAGUAAAACAAGAAGAAAUAAAAGAUGAUGAGAUCAAAUCUGAAGAAGAGCAUUACUGUGACAUGAUUUGCUGCCAAUUCAAGAGGCCUCCAAUCAAAAAGUUCAUACAAAAGUUAAGAAUCCCUGAAAGCAUUGAUAUGUACACAGAUUGGCUUUACGUGCUGUGGCUGUUUUUUGUGGUACUAGCAUGGAACUGGAGCUGCUGGUUUAUUCCUCUGCGCUGGACUUUCAACUAUCAGAUGCCAGAGACUCUUAUCUUCUGGUUAACCAUUGAUUAUAUAUGUGACUUCAUCUAUCUACUUGAUAUGUCAGUAUUCCAGGUCCGACUGCAGUUCAUUAAACGAGGAGACAUAAUAGCUGAUAAAGAAGGAAUGAGAAAGAAUUAUACACAAUCAUUAAAAUUCAAGCUUGAUCUGGCAUCGGUAAUCCCAUUUGAUUUACUCUACCUGGUGUUUGGCUGUAAUCCCCUAUUUCGAUUGAAUCGUGUACUUAAGUAUUUAACAUUCUUUGAGUUCAAUCAUCGACUUGAGGCGAUGAUGGAAAAAGCCUAUAUAUACAGAAUUGCACGAACAACAGGAUACCUACUUUUCCUACUGCAUAUAAAUGCUUGUAUUUAUUACUGGGCUUCAGAGUAUGAAGGCAUUAACAGCACUAAGUGGGUCUACAAUGGCAAAGGAAAUAGGUACCUGAGGUGUUACUAUUGGGCAAUCCGCUCUUUGAUUACUAUUGGUGGUAUUUCCGAACCAGUCACUCUCUUUGAAAUAAUCUUUCAGGGGUGCAAUUAUUUCAUAGGUGUCUUUGUUUUCUCCAGCUUACUUGGUCAGAUGCGUGAUAUUAUUGGGAAAGCCACUGCAGGGAAGAACUAUUACCAAAUUUCAGUUGACAACACAAUGAAGUACAUGAAUGCAUAUUCAGUUUCAAGAAGUGUGCAAAAUCGUGUGCGUAAAUGGUAUGAAUACAUAUGGGAAUCACAAGGCCAGCUGGAUUCAUCUGAGCUACUGGAAAGUAUGCCAAUAAAAAUGCAGCUGUCCAUUGCUAUUGAUCAAAACUAUGCAAUAAUCAGCAAAGUUGACCUGUUUAAGGACUGUGACCAACAGAUGAUAUAUGACAUGCUGCUCAGGCUGAAGUCAGUUGUAUAUUUACCUGGUGAUUUUGUAUGUAAGAAGGGAGAUAUAGGCAACGAAAUGUAUAUCAUCAAGACAGGACAGGUCCAAGUGCUUGGUGGACCUGAUGGCAAAAAGGUUCUGAUUACCUUGAAGGUUGGAUCAGUAUUUGGAGAAAUCAGUCUUCUGGCAGGAGCUGGAGGGAAUCGACGCACUGCCAAUGUAAUUGCCAGUGGAUUUGCAAACUUGUUUAUUUUGAACAAAAAGACUCUGAGUGAAAUUCUGGUGAAUUAUCCAUAUUCCCAAAAGAUCCUUAAAAUGAAGGCCAAGUAA